GAAAUAAUUUUUAAAAAAUAUAAAAAUACGCGGCGAGUGCAACAACUACUUGUGUCAAGUGUAUGCACUUGAAAUAUCAGAAAUCUGUGAAUAAAACGCGUUGCAAGUAAAAAGCCAUUGAAGAAAAGUCAACGCAGUGACGACACCGACUGAGCUACACACAUACAUACAUACACUAACACACAACACGCACACGCUGUUCCACGCGCCGCGUAGCCCCACCCCGCGCCCCCCAUUCAAAAGUGUAUGUGUGCAAAAAAAAAAAUAAAGAAAUAUCUUAAAAGUGCAAAACAAACAAGUAAUAAAAAAAUAUAAUACGAAGAAAGCAGCAAAACGUAACUUAAAUCACAGAGAGUGUGCUAAAAUAUAAAAUUUCAUAGGGUGCAAAAAUCUUACUCAUUGUUAAAUUUAUCUCUGCCAAAAAGGCAGCAAAAACAUUAGCAAACAAUAGCACUAAACACCAUUUGUUGUUAUUGUUGCUUAAGCAACUGUGAGUCAUUGUGAAUAUAAUAAUUCAACAUCAUUGUUGUUGCUGCUUCUACUGGCAUUGAGGUGCUCAGUUCGGUCUCUUUCUCUCUGUCUUUCUCAAUGUUAAACGCCGCCGCUCUCACGCGAGCGUAAAAUCAAAAAGCAGUGUAAAGAAGAAGUAUUAUUAACCAAAAAGUGGAGUGCGUUAAGAGCUAGCCAGUUAAGCAAAGCCAAACAAACAACGCCAGCGAAAUAAAAGCAUAUAUACAUAUAUAUAAAUACGGACAGAAAAUAAAAAAAAAUUAAUCAAGUUCGCAUUGUACAUGUGAAAAUCAUUUUGUUGUCUAAAGAAAAUCCAUGAAAAAUCAAUAAAAAGUCACAUUGUGGGCGCCGACAAAAGCGAAAAAAAAAAACAACGUGCAAACAAGUUAGGCAACAAUAGUCAGUUAAUAGUUUAACGAACAAUAACAACAGCAGUAACAACAACAUCUACUUCAGUUAUAAUCGUGCAAAACGUUUACGUAAAUUUCACAAACAACUGGCAAGUGCAACAGUUUUGUUAUUUUUUAGCUGCCAGUUAAUAACAACAACAUACAAAAAUCAACAGCGGCGGUUAACUACACCAACAAUAACAGUAAUCAGAAUCAACAGCAGCAACAACAACAACAACGAAUAUAAAGGCAUUUAACAAGAAGAACAGCAGCGCGUCGCGUCUCUUAUCAAAACUGCUUCCUGCUUAAAACGCCACCAAAAUGACGAAAGACAGAUUAGCAGCCUUACAUGCCGCCCAAUCGGACGACGAGGAAUCGGAGGAUGUGGCCGUCAAUGUGGAUGGCCAUGAUUCUUAUAUGGAUGAUUUUUUUGCCCAAGUCGAGGAGAUACGUGGUAUGAUCGACAAGGUGCAGGAUAAUGUCGAAGAAGUUAAAAAGAAGCAUUCAGCCAUUCUAUCGGCACCACAAUCCGAUGAGAAAACCAAGCAGGAACUGGAGGAUCUUAUGGCUGACAUUAAGAAGAAUGCAAAUCGAGUGCGUGGCAAACUCAAGGGCAUCGAACAGAAUAUCGAACAGGAGGAGCAACAAAACAAAUCCUCGGCCGACUUGCGUAUACGCAAAACCCAACAUUCGACAUUGUCGAGAAAAUUUGUCGAGGUAAUGACGGAAUAUAAUCGCACCCAGACCGAUUAUCGAGAGCGUUGCAAGGGGAGAAUACAGCGUCAAUUGGAGAUAACAGGACGUGCGACAACCAACGAGGAGCUAGAGGAUAUGUUGGAGCAGGGUAAUCCCGCCGUCUUUACACAAGGCAUCAUCAUGGAGACACAGCAGGCGAAACAAACGUUAGCCGAUAUCGAGGCUCGUCAUGCGGAUAUUAUGAAAUUGGAGACAUCGAUUAAGGAGCUGCACGACAUGUUCAUGGAUAUGGCAAUGCUGGUGGAGUCGCAAGGCGAAAUGAUUGAUCGCAUUGAGUAUCAUGUGGAGCAUGCUAUGGACUAUGUGCAGACAGCAACUCAGGACACAAAGAAAGCGUUGAAAUAUCAGAGUAAAGCGCGCCGAAAGAAGAUAAUGAUACUGAUAUGCUUGACUGUGUUGGGUAUCUUAGCGGCUGCAUAUGUUAGCAGUUAUUUCAUUAUAAAAGCUAAAAAUUAGCAUGCAAUACACAAAA